UCUUCUUGACAUUUAUUUUAUAUUUUGACAGUUCUUCAAAAGUACUGUAUCAUCUUGAAUUGUUUCUUAAAUCUAAUUUAUUAUAAAAUUCUGUCUUAAAUACUAUCAAAAGAACUUAUUCAAAUAUGUCGAGAGGUAGUAGUGCUGGUUUCGAUCGCCACAUAACAAUUUUUUCACCAGAAGGGCGCUUGUACCAAGUCGAAUAUGCUUUUAAGGCUAUUAACCAGGCCGGCCUCACUUCCGUAGCUAUAAAAGGGGUCGAUACAGCCGUUUGUGUCACCCAGAGAAAGAUUCCCGAUAAGUUAGUUGAUGCUAAUACAAUAACUCAUCUAUUUCAGCUCACAAACAACAUCGGAUGUGUUAUGACUGGAAUGAUUGCAGACAGUAAGUCCCAAGUACAGAGAGCACGCUAUGAGGCAGCACAGUUCAAGUAUAAACAUGGUUACGAGAUGCCUAUUGAUGCCCUCUGUAGAAGAGUAGCUGAUAUAUCUCAGGUGUACACUCAGAAUGCAGAGAUGCGUCCUCUAGGCUGUUCAAUGGUUCUAAUUGGGUAUGAUGAUGAUAUGGGGCCUUGCGUCUACAAAACUGAUCCAGCUGGAUAUUACUGUGGAUACAGAGCCGUGGCCGUUGGUUCUAAACAGACUGAAGGCAACAGUUACUUAGAAAAGAAAUUGAAAAAGAAACAAGACUUGCAACAAGAUGAUGUUAUUCAGCUGGCAAUCAGUUGUUUAUCGAGCAUUUUGUCUGUUGAUUUUAAGCCUACCGAAAUUGAAGUAGGAGUAGUUUCGAAGGAUAAUCCAAAAUUUACCAUUUUAAGUGAACAAGAAACCGACAGACAUCUUACAGCCAUUGCUGAAAAGGACUAGGCUGUAAUACUGUGUAAUACUAUAAGUUUGAAAUAAUAUUAAUUUGGUUUAUGCUAAUUUUUAAAUAAAGUAUUUCACAUUU